AUGUCAAUUCCUAACCAUACAAACAUUUUCGCCUAUCAUCGGACGCUCCGCACGCCUCGCAUGUACAACCUGCCACGCCGCGAUUCUCAAACUCGCCAUCUGCUGGGUCUGCGGCGAACUUGUUUCCGAGGCGAUGAGUGCGUCAGCUUUGGUUGGUGUUUCUGGCAUCGGGCGUGCUACGGAUGCUUGCUAUAUGGAAGCAGAGCUAUUUACCAGGGUGUGCCGAUACAGGACCUCUUCCGGGACGAGGAAGAGAGUGAAAGGGAUGGAUGUGGAGGGAAAGAAGUGGACAAAGUACCGCUCUGCGCGGCCUAUGUGGUCGAAGUCGAUGGGGUUACAGAGGAGAUCACAGUAAUCAACAGAGGCCUACGACGGGUUGAGAAGGUGGAUGGCGGACUGACGAGGAAGAGAUGGGAGGCUAACAACAAUGAGAGGAGCUUAAAGUCUGCUUCCGCGUGGCAACCGCCAAUUUACCGCACUGGAGAUGGGGUAACAGGGGAUGAAGGCACAUCCAGCAACUCUUCGAGCAAUUUCAGAGAUACUUCGAAGUCUGUCAUUUGGGUCGACAUCUUUGAUCCUAUUAACGGACCUUCCUUCAAACCGAGCCCCUUGAAGCCAAUACCUCUAUUCAUGCAACGACCCGCAAGUCCCAUUCGCGAACCGCAUCGCAGAGUAACUACUAUCGACACACAUCUUCAAGCUCCUCCACACCUGAGAAAGCCUCGUUCGGCUCCCGGAUCAGCCUACCCCAGAUCCCCUGAAGAAAGCACGAUAUCGAAUCAUCAAAGCAUGCGUCAACGGUCACCAUCUCCAUCUGUACUUGAUGCUUCUCGAUCCCCGAUGCCACCUCGUGAAUAUGGGGACAGGCCAUCGUCUCCUGAAGCUCUAAAGAAUUACACCAAAGAUGAAGAACUUUCUGAAGUACGGCACAGACAAGCUCUCACAUCGCAUUCGCAACGGACUGCGAAUACUGCACCACAAUCGUCAGAAUAUCUGGAUCGUUACCAGCCUAUGAUGGCAAUACCAGCACAUAAUCCCGAGGUACGAAGGUUAAGGAGAGUGGCAGCGAGCUUGAGUGAGGAAGGUCUUGCAAGGACAAGGUCUGAGCAAUCCGAGGGUAAUAAUGAUUGGGGCACGGUCGGUUCUGAGCUGAGACGGUUCUUUAUGGGACGAUAG